AUGUCAACAACUACCACAACUACCACUGUUCCUCCUACCACCGCUCCUGAAGCGAACACAAUCCCCCGCGGCCCCAUAACAGUCCCCCUAAUCUUCUACCACCCCCCACCAGACAACUCCACCCCCUACAACUACGUCGAAACGCCCCCAAAGGGGUUCCCCCAGCGCAACUUCACCGAAGCCGCCCACGACGUGCACCUAACCGACAUUCGCCCCUCUCAUCAGCACCAGCCCCAAGGCGAAGAAGAACAGGGAGAGCUCAAAAAAUACACCCUCCAAACCCACGCCUUCCAGAUCCACCGCCACAUCCCCACAUCCACAACCUACAGCACCUUCUCCUCCGACGCGGAGGUCCAAAAAACCUACUACCCAGAAGUCUCGUCCCUCCUCCUGUCCCACAUCCCGGGAGCCCAAAAGGUCAUAAUCUUCGACCACACCAUCCGGCGCGACAAAGACGGGGCUGCGCGAAAGCCCGUGCAGCGCGCGCACGUCGAUCAAACGGCCAAGGCGGCUGCCGAGCGGGUGCGCCUGCAUGUUGAGGAUAAGGAGGAGGCGGAGCGGAUUGUGCAAGGCGGGAUGAGGUAUCGGAUUGUGAAUGUUUGGAGGCCGCUUAAUGGGCCGGUGGAGAGUGCGCCGUUGGCGUUUGCGGAUGCGGGCAGUGUUUUUGAUACUUCCUCCUCCUCCUCAUCUGCCGGUCCAGAGGUAGGACCGGCAGAUGAAGGGGGAGAGGGUGACUUGGUAGCAGUCGAACACCGCUACCCGCACCGCACGGGCGAAACGCUCCAAGUGAAAUUCAACCCCAACCAGCGGUGGAUGUAUCUCUCCGGCAUGGAGGACCACGAGAGGCUGCUGCUGCAGUGCUCUGAUAGUGAGGGGGACGGGGUGGGAAAGAGGGUGCCGCAUACUGCGUUUUGGGAUCCGAGGACGGUGGAGGGCGCGAAGCCGAGGGAGAGUAUUGAGGUUAGGGCUUUGGUUUUGGGAUAG